GUUGUGGCAUUCGUACAAAAAUUCAAAGUGGAGGGUCUAUGUUAUUGACCCAACUUCAGCCAUCAAGGGAAAAGCGAGCUGUUCUGAGUGACGAGGAAGUGGCUGGCGGAGUUGAUGUACUUCCUUAUUCUUGGCCAUGGAUGGUUGGAAUCUCGCAAAAGUUUGGGCUUUCUGAAAGAUUUCUAUGUGGUGGUGCUCUUAUCUCAUCCACAUACGUCAUCAGUGCUGCUCAUUGUUUUAAGACAUCAAAUAAACCUGUUUCUUCAUCUGUGUAUACGUUUCGUGUGGGAGGUCACACCCUAAAAGAUGGAAAAAAAUAUGAUGUAGAAGAUGUUAUAAUACACGAACGUUACCAUCCCUCCAAAAACUACUACGAUAUUGCUGUUUUGAAGGUUAAAGGACAAGUCAGCCUGAAUAAUAAAGUCAAACCAGUCUGUUUACCUAAGCCUUCCUUUAUUGGUCAAGACUUUAAAGGAAGAGAGGUAACUGUCACAGGUUGGGGAGAUACGUUUUUCGGAGGUGCGAGAAGUAAAGUACUUCAACAAGUUUCCAUCCCUGUUGUAUCGAACAAGGAAUGCAACAAUUCAUAUUCGUGGGUGGCGUCGCACAAAUAUCCACAAGGUAUCACUAGAGGGCAGAUCUGUGCUGGACUUUCUGAGGGUGGCAAAGAUGCAUGUCAGGGUGAUUCUGGAGGACCUCUGGUACUAGAAGAAAGUGGACGAUGGACACUAGUGGGAAUUGUGUCAUUUGGGUUUAACUGUGCUGAACCAGGCUUCCCUGGAGUUUAUACUAGGGUUUCACACUAUAUAAGAUGGAUUGCUGCAAACACUGACUUUGGAGAAUAGUGAUCUUCCAUCGUUUGAGUGUUAGCUUCACUGUUAUAUUGUAGUAUCAGAAAAGCUUUCUUUCUUGAUCGAUUUUAGUUAUUUUAGUUUAUCUGUUUUUUGAUAUUAUAUUAUUAGUGCUUUCAUCAAAACAUUUUCAUAAAAUCCAAGUAAGGAAGAGACGGGGGCUGGUUGACACAGUGCUGACAAAUUUCACACACUAAAGUUGGUAGCCUUGAUAUAAUGACUAUUAACAUAUCCAAACACGCGUCACAUACUGUUUCAAGUCUAUCGUGAUCAGAAUACCCUGUCGUGUGCAGGGGUAAAUUGAUAUUUUUAUGUACUUAAGAAACUGUUUUCUUCUGCAAAGAUUUUAUGAUAUACUAAGUACCGUGCUCAGGGAAUUUAUGUUACCAAGUAUUUAAAGGUGAAUUCCUUCGGCUGUACAUAAUUUUGUUUGUGUGUCUGUGUGUUUUCUUAGAGCAAAGCCACAUCGGGCUAUCUGCUGUGUCUACCGAGGGAAAUCUAAACCCUGAUUUUAGCAUUGUAAAUACGAAAACUUACCGCUGUUCUACCGGGGGACAAUUUUGUUUGAUAACUAUGCCUGGGAGAGACGACACAUGCAAGUCAUUUUUAGCAAAAUGGCAGUUUGGAGCAUGUUGACACAUUUCACUUGGGGUGGACUGACACGUGUGUCAACCAGCUCCACAAUGAUGAAUUUGCAGGUAUUUUUUUUCAUGCUCUUAUUUCAAAACUAGAUAUAAUA